AAUUUCAACUAAGACGCAUACAUUUGGUUAUGGUUGGUUCAUCGUCACAGUAUGUUUAAUUGAUGUGUUAUCCAAGUCAUUGCAUUGUUCUCGUAUACUAAUAUCUCUAGAUUCCAACAACUCGAAAAGUUGGGGGAAGGUACCUAUGCCACUGUUUACAAAGGUAGGAAUCGUGCCACGGGUGCUUUGGUGGCCUUAAAAGAAAUCAACUUGGAUUCGGAGGAAGGAACCCCUUCUACCGCCAUCAGAGAGAUUUCUUUGAUGAAGGAGCUAGACUAUCAUAAUAUAGUGACUCUAUAUGACGUGAUUCACACUGAAAACAAGUUAACAAUAGUGUUUGAGUAUAUGGACAGGGAUUUAAAGCGGUACAUGGAAGUACAUGGGAACAACGGAGCCUUAGACUUGAAAACUGUAAAGUCAUUCAUGUUUCAGUUGUUGAAAGGGAUCAUGUUCUGUCAUGAUAAUCGUGUGUUACAUCGUGAUUUGAAGCCUCAGAAUUUGUUGAUCAGCAAUAAGGGAGAAUUGAAGUUGGGUGAUUUUGGAUUGGCCAGAGCUUUCGGUAUUCCUUUUAACACUUUUUCCAACGAGGUGGUCACUCUAUGGUAUAGAGCCCCGGACGUGUUGUUGGGCUCUAGGGCUUAUACCACCUCCAUUGAUAUUUGGUCUGCUGGUUGUAUUUUUGCUGAAAUGUGUACUGGUAAGCCCUUAUUUCCUGGCUCUGCUAAUGAUGAUCAGUUGAUGAAAAUCUUUAGAUUGAUGGGAACCCCCAACGAAAGAACCUGGCCAGGAGUAUCAUCGUAUCCUAACUAUAAGAACAAUUGGCAAAUAUUUGUCCCCCAAGACUUGCGGUUAUUGAUUCCUAAUUUGGAUUCCAUGGGAUUGAAUUUGUUGAACAGUUUAUUGCAAAUGAGACCUGAGGCCAGAAUUACUGCCAGGCAAGCCUUACAACAUCCUUGGUUCCAUGAGAUUAACAACCCCAGUCCGUUAAUGCACCAUAUUAACGAUCUGCAACAACAACUGCAACAGCCACCACAGCAACAACAGCCUCUGAAUAAUGGCCAGAUUAAUUACUAAAUGUAAUUCAACCUUUUAUCUAUAAAUCUGUUUCUUCCCAUUUGUAGGAAAAAUGAAUAGUAAUGAAUAGCCCGUCGAGAAAUAUUUAUGCUUAAAUUAUAUUAAAAUUAUUAAAUAAAUGUACUAUAC